AUGGAUGUGGCCCGCGUACGACUGGUGUUUGCGUCGUUGACGCCUCGCAGCGCAAGGCAGGCUGUCAUCGCGCUGCACCACUCGCUCGUGCUCACACACGGAUGGCAGGAGGUGCCGGAGAAACGGGGCGGGUGGGAGCCAGAAGGCGACGUAGCCACAUUUCACUACACAAAGGAUGGCAAUGAAGCCAUGAUGAAGGCACUUCAAAUGGAUGACCAGCUCGUGUUCCACUUCCAGAUUGGUGGGCGUGACGUCAAGACUGUGGAGUGCAAGGUGCACACUAUUGUAAAUGGCGGCACAGACUGCGCAGAUCCAGACCGCUGCUUAUCCCUCGACGCCUUUGCUGCUGCAACAUCCUUUGUCGACACCGUGUUUCCCAGGCCACCAGCGGCGCGGCGUGCAGAUGAUGACGAGGAGCGCGGUGGCCGUGGUGUCGGUCGCCUGGGCGGAGACUCGCAGCCAAACCCAGAUGUGCCGCCAAGCAUGCUGCGCCCGCCGCAAACCCAGCCGCCAGCCUCCAUCUACGACAUUGGGCGCAGUGACAUUGACCCGAACCUCGGCAUGUACAGCCAGCCAACACCGCCCGGCCACGGCAUGUUCAUGGGGCCUGAUCACCCCUUGUUCCAGGGCGGCGUUCCUGACACAGACGUGCGCACCGGGUUCCCGCCGGGCUCUGUGCCACCUGGCGCACGCUUCGACCCCGUCACGCCGUUUGCUGACCCGCGCGACCCCGCUGGCCGUGGCCGUGGCCGUGGCCGUGGAAGGGGAGGCGGCGGCCUGGCCUUUGGCGAACCAAACCCAGACCACUUCCGGCCACCCCGGGGCUUUGACCCCUUUAUGUGA